AUGAAGGGGCUGAGCCGCCUGCUCCGCGCCGGGGAGGAUGCCGCGCAGGGAGCCGUGGCGGCGAGCCACGAGGGCCUACUGCCAGAUGAGAGAGAAUUUCAAUAUGCUGCUAAAAUGAACAAUUUGGAUACCAUGGAAAAGCUGUUUAAAAAGAAUGUCAAUAUAAAUGCUGUAGAUACUCUGAAGCGCACAGCGUUCCAUUUUGCUGUUGCGGGAGGCCAUGUGUCCGUGGUGGAUUUUCUUCUUCAUCACAAAGCUAGACUUGACAUGGCAGAUCAGCAUGGCCUGACAGUGAUUCAUCUUGCAGCUUGGACUGGAAAUCUGGAUAUAAUGCGAAAAUUAGUUAAAGCAGGUGCUGAUCAAAAGGCUAAGAAUGAGGAAGGAAUGAAUGUACUGCAUUUUGCAGCUCAGAGCAACAGCAUUAAAAUAGUUGAUUAUUUCUUGCAAGAUCUUCAUCUGAAUGACUUGAACAAACGUGAUGGGAAGGGUAAAAGGCCAUUUCUUCUGGCCUCUGAAAAAGGCCAUGUUGACAUGAUAAAAAAUUUGAUUUCUCUGAAGCUAUUUACGUCUGAAAAAGAUGAGGAGGGAAACACAGCAUUGCAUUUAGCAGCCAAAAAUGGUCACAGUGGAGUUGUAGAAGUCCUGCUUGAACAGUGGGAAGAAAUAAAUGACCUCAAUCAGAACGGAGAAACUCCAUUUUACUUGUCUGUUGAAGGAGGUAAUGAAAAAUGUGCUGAACUCUUACUGGAGGCAGGGAGUGACAUCAAUGUUUUAACUCAGAACAAUAGCAGUGCUUUGCAGGCUGCAAUUCAGAAUGGACAUAUAUCCUUGGUUAAUUUUCUUCUUGAUAAGAAUAUUGACCUGGUUACUAAACCUGAGCAGAAGAAUUCCCCUCUCCAUUUAGCCAUUAUCAGUAAUAAUCUACUGGUAGUAAAAAGCCUUUUGGAUGCCAAUCACGACAUAAACUCCUUAAAUCACAGGCAGGAAACCCCUCUACAUCUGGCAGCUGAUCUUGGCAAUGUGGAGUUGGUGGAAGUGCUGCUUAAGUCAGGCUGCAAUCUCAAGAUCACGGAUAAGCAUGGAAAAACUGCACUAGCCACAGCAUCAAGGAGCCAUCAUGCCCUCAUUGUAGAUAUGAUCAUUAAAGCAGAAAGGUAUUUUGCCAUGAAACAGACACAUCUAGCCCAUAGUGGUAAUGGGUCAGACUUCAGCGUGUCCUUCAAACAAGAUCACAGUACACAGACCAAGCAAAUCCGUUCCUCCCUUUGGAAUCUAGCAUACAACCAGUUAAAACCCUGUGAAUGGAAAAAACUGGCUGUAUUCUGGAAGUUCAGUGACGAACAAAUUAAAGCUAUUGAAGAACAGUGGACAGGGAAAAAAAGUUACAAGGAACACGGAAACAGAAUGUUGCUCAUCUGGUUACAUGGUACAUUGCUGGCUCAUCAGAAUCCUGUUAAACAUCUAUAUGAAGAUCUGGUGGAAGUAGGACUUCAGCCUUUAGCUGAAAAAAUCAGAGCUCCAAUUUGCAUUGGCAUGGACUCCAGGAAAUGUGUCAUUUCAUGA